AUGCAUCACAACACAUCUAUCAUGAUUGAAUUGAAGGAAAUCUGUGUAUCAGGACGUUGCGGGCUUUGUCGUUUCGAACUUCAACUUGGCAACAAAAUUAUUGCCAUACGGCGAUCCGACACUGAACAAUCUCAAACCUAUGAGUAUAGCAUUCUGGGCUUCAUUGACAUUGCUCUGGGCAUCGAUAUCACAUCCGGUGCAAAAUUGGCCAAGAUUCUCGAUGUGACAUCACCUGUAUUCGAGCCCUCGCCGUUGACAGACAAACGACGUCUACUCUGGCUCCAGUCCUGGCUUGCUCCGAUCGUGGAAAGGGAGACUCGAUAUCUACCCAAUGAUAUUAGCCAUGAUAUUGCCGUCAUGGCCCUCAACCAACAAAUGGCACGCUGUUGGGCUGUUGAGUAUGCGAUACAAAGCUGCGCCGAGACGAGAAGCGAAGCCAUAAAAGUACCGACCCUAGGGAAGAUUUACGCUCAAUAUGUCGAAUUUGAGGGUAUCCGUGCUUGA